AGCUGAGUGCCCAGGCACACAAUCUGAACCUUUCCCGAGUCCAGCGACCUGUGCGUCGGUCCUUCCCGGGUGUCACGCAGGAGCCAGUCUGCGCACCGACCCGGGCCUGCUGUGUCCGGCACGCGACGCCAAGCCCGGGACCAGCAGGACCCCGCAGCUGGCCCGCGGGCUUCUGCGCCUCUCCAACGGCCUCCUCCCGGUUACCGGCCACGACCCGCCGAGAAGGACGCGGUGCUGCGCCUGCUGCGGACCGCAUAAAUGAUGACAAUUUCCCUUGAAGCCUAAGAAGCCCUGGUUGUGGAAGUGCCCCACAAGCACCUUAACUGUAAAGUGAGGAAGAGUAUGACUGACUGUCCGCUGGCAUCUGAACUUUGAAGACCACCAUGUCCACCACGAUGCCCAGGAUGGAGCUGCACCACAGCACCGCCAUCAGUCUCCUGGAGGAGUGGAGCUGCGAGGCAUCGCUGCCUAGCUACAGCAAACAGCGCAGUGUCAGGAAAAGACUGAAGUUAAUUCGAAUCUUAGGCCUUUUCAUAGGCCUGGUAGCCAUUAGCACUGUUCCGUUUUCAAUCAGUGCCUUUUCUGAGGCAGACACACAGAGCACAGGAGAGGCCAGGGUUGUAAGUGGCCCUAGUGUAGCACACAGUUACCGUCAAAGAACACUCUUAGAUUUAAAUGACAAGAUUCAGGAUCACACUUCACAACCACCUCUCCCUCAGGAAGGCAAAUCUGAGAACAGUACAGAUCAUGCCCAAGGAGACUACCCUAAAGAUAUCUUUUCCCUAGAGGAGCGAAGAAAAGGCGCCAUUAUUCUCCAUGUCAUAGGAAUGAUCUACAUGUUCAUAGCCUUGGCCAUUGUGUGUGAUGAAUUCUUUGUUCCUUCUUUGACUGUCAUCACUGAAAAACUCGGCAUCUCUGAUGAUGUGGCUGGAGCCACCUUUAUGGCUGCAGGGGGUUCGGCCCCAGAACUUUUCACAUCCCUCAUAGGAGUGUUCAUUGCUCACAGCAAUGUGGGCAUAGGCACAAUCGUAGGCUCCGCAGUGUUCAAUAUCCUUUUUGUUAUUGGAAUGUGUGCUCUGUUUUCUAGAGAAAUCUUAAACCUGACAUGGUGGCCACUCUUUCGGGAUGUGUCCUUCUACAUUGUUGACUUGAUCAUGCUUAUUAUAUUUUUCCUGGAUAAUGUUAUCAUGUGGUGGGAAAGCAUGCUUCUCCUGACAGCUUAUGUUGGCUAUGUGAUUUUCAUGAAAUUCAACGUUCAAGUAGAGAGAUGGGUGAAGCAAAUGAUAAGUCGGAAUAAGGUCGUCAAGGUGGCAGCACCAGAAGUUCAGCCAAAGUCAUCUACAGCCAGGGACAAGGAUGAACCAGCUCUCCCGGCCAAGCCGCGCCUCCAGCGAGGCGGAAGUUCUGCCUCCCUCCACAACAGUCUCAUGAGGAACAGCAUCUUCCAGCUUAUGAUCCACACGCUGGACCCCCUGGCUGAAGAACUUGGAUCAUAUGGAAAACUAAAAUAUUAUGACACAAUGACUGAAGAAGGGAGGUUCAGAGAAAAGGCUUCAAUUCUCCACAAGAUCGCUAAGAAGAAAUGCCAAGUGGAUGAGAAUGAGAGGCAGAAUGGGGCUGCCAAUCAUGUCGAAAAAAUCGAACUCCCAAACAGCACAAGCACAGAAGUUGAAAUGACACCAUCCAGCGAGGCUUCGGAACCUGUACAGAAUGGAAAUCUCUCCCAUAGUAUCGAGGCAGCAGAGACCCAGAAGACCACAGAGACAACUGAGGAAGAGGAUGACCAACCCCUCAGCCUGGCCUGGCCUUCCAACUCCCGCAAGCAGGCCACAUUCCUGAUUGUCUUCCCCAUAGUGUUUCCUCUCUGGAUCACCUUACCUGAUGUUCGAAAGCCUUCAUCAAGGAAGUUCUUUCCCAUCACGUUCUUUGGCUCCAUCACUUGGAUCGCAGUAUUCUCUUACUUGAUGGUCUGGUGGGCACACCAGGUUGGAGAGACCAUCGGCAUCAGUGAAGAGAUUAUGGGUCUGACCAUCUUGGCUGCUGGGACCUCCAUCCCUGAUCUUAUCACCAGUGUCAUAGUAGCCCGGAAGGGGCUAGGGGACAUGGCCGUGUCCAGCUCUGUUGGAAGCAACAUUUUUGACAUCACCGUAGGGCUCCCGCUGCCCUGGCUCCUGUACACCCUCAUCCACAGCUUCCAGCCCGUGGCCGUCAGCAGCAACGGGCUCUUCUGCGCCAUCGUCCUGCUCUUCAUCAUGCUGCUCUUCGUCAUCCUUUCCAUCGCACUCUGCAAAUGGCGGAUGAAUAAGGUGCUGGGCUUCGUCAUGUUCGGCCUCUACUUUGUGUUCCUGGUGGUCAGCGUACUCCUGGAAGACAGAAUUCUUGUGUGCCCCGUCUCCAUCUAGCAGAAAAGCCAUAUCCUGAACCAACAACAGCACGGAGACCCCUUCCUGCUCUGGGCUCCGGGGUCCUUAACUUCCUGAGAAGAAGCAGCGGGCACAAACCCGGGCGCCAGCGCCCUCCUGGGCGGGACGGAGGAGUCCACGCAAGACGAAGGCAACCGUCUGCGCAGGCCUCUCUCCACUCUCCGCUGAGGUACUCCUCGCUGGCCGGAGGUACAUUCAUUGUAAUGAUGCAGACAAGGAGUCUCUAUAUCCACGUAUGAAAUAUACACACAUGAACACGAAUCCUGCCUGUUCCUGUACUAUGCCUCUCCUUGCAUACCUAUAGAUGAACAUAUAACUGUACACAAAGAGAAAAGUAUAUAUAAAAUUAUAUAUAUAUAUAUAUAUAUAAAAGUACAAAUGCAUCUUUUCAGGGAUAGCUCUAGUAGAUUUAUAGUACCUAUUUGAGAAGGGGCAUAUCUACCUUCAACCUUCAGUCUGGGCUUUACCUCAUAAGCAGAAGAGGGAAAUCAUGAUAUCAACAGACAGGUGGCUCUGCUACAACCUUUGGCCUCCCUUGAAGAUGGAUGGUUUAGGGAAGCAGUUUCCAGGGAGGAGGGCUUAGUAAAGAGAGUCUGUAGGAACCCAAAGUUGAGCCCUCCAAAAUGUUCCCACAAGCCAAACAGGGAAGGCUAACUGCCCACCCCACUGUGGUGCAUGACAGGGAUUUAGGGCAGACAGGUAAAACCCAGACUGGAUUGAUACUAGUUUGGGGGGUGGGGUGAACAGGAUUGGGUUAUUUUGGUUUUUUUCUUAUAUUGCCCCAGCAUGCAAGUAGAAAAUAUGACUGCAAACUAAAUUAGUGCUUCUCUAGGACAGCAGAACUAUAUAAACUAAACCUUUAUCUUUCCAACACGUAUCCCAUUAUCAUCAAAAGGAGGGCGGUCUUAGUUGUGGUCAUCCUGUAGACAUACUUUGAAGCUAAGGGCUCACACAUAGUCAGAUGCCUGCCGGAAGAGCCGAGAUGUGUGCUAGGAACACCAUGCAGUAGCGGUGCUCAGCCAGACCUGCCACCCGCUGGGAAUGCGAGGGAGCGGCUCCAGGAAGCAUUUUCCAGUGUGGUCAUAAAGUGUCUAAGAAUCAUUACUUCCAGUAGAUCUAAAUUAGCUCUAACCAAUCCUGCUUGGAUGGGGUCAGCUUGGAGAUGUCUGAAGAGACAGUACACUUGGUGCAUCCCGGGAAGGUCUCUGAGUCUAGUCAUGGAUUUGGUUAGAGUCCACACGACAUCUGUGUCUCUCCUCCCAGGAGGACCCUAUCUGGACUCUGUCUGGUUUUUAGAGUUCACUAAAGACUCUACUCCAUUGCUUCAUUAUGCUGGUUUCAACCCAGUUACCCCAAAGUUUUGAUUUCUUAAUUUUUCUCAGCUUUACAUGGGACAUUCUCAUUCAAUUCCCUCAAGUUCUAUUUGACACUUUGUAUUAUUUCUCAGGUCUACUUCAGUGGAAAAUAAAACUAGCAGGGAGUGAACAAACUAAAUGGAUAAAAAAAAGUAUGUAGAACCUUUCAUUUCCCCCAAGUGAACAGAGGGUGGGCCAUUACGCUAUCCCACCGUGCUCUAUGUUGGCACAUACCACAAAUGCACACGGGGAGUCCACCUUGUGUGCUCCUGUCUCCAGUCCGUUCUGCUGCUCUGAUUACAUGAUGAGCCCGUACCUCUUCAUUUGGGAGACAGGAGGCAAGACUCACAGUUGAACACCAGGAUCAGUGACCAGAUCCCCAGCCCGAGGCCAUUCCUCCUCCCUGAGACCUCAGCUCCCUCUGCAGAGCAUGGCCGCAGCAGGAAGUGCCCAUCCUCACGCUUAGCCCACAAGGAAACAAAACUACAAAGGGGAGCCCUCCCUGCCCUGAGAAAGCAAGAAACCAAGCUGCUACCACUGAGGUGCUAGCUUUUCAGGCUCUGCAACUGCAUAACAUUGGGUUUUCAGAUGUGUGGGAGGAAGAAACCCUCAUCUCACUCAUCAAAGGCAGGACUUAGUAUUAGGCAAGAAUUUGUGUUGGGUGUUUAGAGUGAGAAAAUGAACUUUUAGUUUUAAAAAGCGUUGUUUGCCCUGAUACUGCCUGAAAGGGAACACAAAUGGUUAUUGUGUGAAUCCUAUUUUAUUGCCUAGUUUGUUCUUUGAAAGGUUUAAAUAGGUGACUUUGGGCACUGGAGGUCGAGUGCCACCUGCUCUGUCCCAGCCAUUCCUGAUUGUCCCCCUGCCUCCUUGCUCCUUCCCAUUCAUUCCUAGCUCACCUGAAGACUCAUCCAAGCAGCCAGCAAGAAUUUUCCUUGCCAAAGAGUUGGUAGCUCCAUUUCACAGAAAAUGUUCUGGUCUUUAAUGAAAGGGUUUCUGAGAAGACAACAUUUCAAGCCUAGUUCCCACGUGAAUUAUGUGCAGUAAGCAUGACCCAUGGAAGAAGUGUUCCCUGGCUGAAUGGUGGACAGGCACCUCCACUGCUUGCCCUUGCUUUCUCUUCAUGUAUGUGUCUUUGAGUGUGCGGUGAUGUGUUAGUGUACCAUCAUUUACACAGUUAUAAGAAACUUACCACAUCAGGGUUUCCAGAAUAGAUCGUCUUUAAACUCUUUCCUGACUGCCUGUGUAUAUGAGUAUCAGAUUUGUACAAUAUCAGUUACGUCAUUACCCUCUGACCUAAUCACAUUCACAACUCCAAAGCAAAGAACAUCCAAGUUUGCCAAAGUAAAGGAAAAGGGAAGUCAUGCACACCCACCAAAGGGAACAUUUCUUCCUAGUCCCAUAAGGUUGCUUUGUUCUAUGCAUAUUCAUAAACAAACACACACAUAUGCACUUAUGUUUUCACAGCCCCAGAAUAUACAUUUACAGCCUUAAGGAAACGGCCAGCCAUACCCCUACUGUUGAUGCAGAAGCAUAGAAUAGGCAACAGGAAGCACAGGGAAAAAUUCAGACUCCAGAUGCCCUCUUUGCUUCUCUCGAGCAGUAUACAAAAUAAUACCAAAAUUUCAUACCAACAUCUUACUAAAUCUAAAAUAAAUGAGCUGCAUCCUAAUGGUUUCAUUUACUCACAGCAAACCAAAUAGGUCUCACUUGCUGUCACCUCUCCUGUAACCCAGACAAACUCAGGACAGGAAAACAACUUGGUUCAAACCAAGACUUCUAAAAUAGAAACUUCUAACUUGCAUCUGAGAAUGCCUACACGUCUAGCUGCCCUCUUGACUUGACCAAUUCCUGAUGACCUGAAGUACCUGAUUAGAUGAUGCUGUUCAUCUUCCCAGGACCUUAGCUGAAUUGGGUGAUGGCAGAUUGGGAAGCAAAAUACAUGUGCAGGAACAGAGGGAGGAGGUUAUUUACUGGCUUGGCAGAUGCAGCAGAAUAUCUUAAAACCUUCCCCUGAAGAUUGUAAAAAGAGGCACGGACUGCUUUAUAUUCAGAGAAAAUGCUUUGUAAGGCUUCUAACAGGUGUCACCUGACAGGGGCCAUUAUAAUUUAUUUUAUAGGGAAGACAUGAAUCAGGUGGUUUGGAGCCCUUUCAGCAAAACACAGCUGCCUUGCUGAUUAGAUCAUGUCCAUAUGCAUCCACUCCUGGGCAGAAAGGAGUGGGCAGACUAGCCCCUACUGCUCAUCUUUUAAAUGUCUCUGUGAUAGUGAGAUAGGACAGGAGCUAUGAAGGAAAGCGCCCACUCCCAGGCCACCUUCCCAGAAAGUUAAUUGAGGAAAAGACAAUUGGUAGACAGAGUUGAAGAUGACACUUGUGUUACAAUGAUGUUCUGUUGAAAUCACUGCAUUGAAGUACUGAAAUAGGCCUGACAGCCUGUCUGAAUGCAAGCAGUUCCUCAAAUGUCAGUGUGCUUCUUCCUCACAUCUGUGCACACGUGUACACACACACACCCAAUUAUGUGAAUGCCAAGCUUCCUUGCACCAGACACAUUGCCAUUCCAGUAGAUAAGUGACCACAUUAUAGACAGCAGACAAAAGGAAGAAAGCUGUUCUUAGGGUGAUUUCCAAGAAAGUGUGCUCCAGAAGUUAAUGCUCAUUCUCACUAAGCCAGAUCUUACACCCCACUGGCUUAAUAUUAAAAGACAUACCCACAAGGCCUGCACCUCCGUCAACACUAUCAGCUUCAAUUAGCAGAUAAGGCCUUGGCAUUAGGGGUUAGUAAAGGUAGGAAAUGGAAAGAAAGGAGAAAUUAACUGACUUUACCAGGAUCCCUAAGCAAGCAAGUAUCACAUUGAAAUUUAUCCUUAUGUCAUUUAAAAUGGUUAAAAAUAUCAGGCUGUUUUAAACAAUUUCAAGAGCCCAUAUAUAGUCCUAGAUUUUAUUUUAAAUCCCUUCUCCAGAGGCCUUGGGAAAGAAAAGUAACCAUGUCUUUACCCCACUGUCUAUUUGAGUUAAGCUCCCUGCCUCUGUAGUUUCAUGCUUCUUUUUUUAAUCUCAAACCUUCAUGUUCUUUGAAAUAUAAAGCAAACAAUAAAAAGCAAUAAAGGAAAUAUAGCCAGCUCCACUCCAUUAUUUAUUAUUACACCAUCGCAAUAUUUCUUCUGUUGCACUGGGAGCUUCAGGGCUACAUGGGCUGUGGUGCUGAACCAACAGAAGACUGGGUUUCCGUGGAAGUCACAAGCUCACUCUGGGCUGUACAUAGAAGGAAUGUAUUUUGCACACAGUAUCCACAGAAGGUACACAGUGCCCCGUUACACAACUCCUUCACGUGUGAGCAUCAGCCUGGCUCCACAACACAUGAACCCCCGCAACAUUCAGGCUGCUCGUGAGUUUGAACCACGAGACUGGGUGAUAGGUAACUAAAUUCCCGGCGUGUCAGACAGUGAGGGGCUGCAUGGAACACCCUACAUGAUUAACAGCCUGGAAAACCUAAGCUAAUUGUUUGAAAAUAAACAGAUACCUAAGUCUGAGGGAGUGCCAUGAGUAUUCAUAGGCUGCCACUGAAGAUCUAACCCAGUAGGAGUUUGUCCAGCCAAUCACCGUAAUCCAAAAGGCAGCAUCCUCCAGGAAAGGGAGCCCCACAGAGGUGCUCCUGAUAUAACUGAGGCAGAAAAACCUCCCUCAGGUUAACCCUAGUCCCUCCAGUUGAAGACUUCAGCUUUUUUUUUUCUUUUUGGCAGAAAGCAGCUGCAUAUGGGCACUGUUCACUCUUUACCCCAACAUAGUUGGAAAUCACCCGUAAGCGACCCUUUACCUCCUUUUAUCCAAAGUAUCCUUACAUUUGUAUUUUGAAGUCCUUUUUUAAUCCUCCUAAUCACUUUUACAGUUCUUCUCUACUAUUUCUUUUUAAACACUCUCCUUUGUUCUUAAGUUAUUGUGCCUUGUGACAGAUCACAACAUGAGUACAGGUCUGAGCAGUGCUGAGUUACAGCCUGGAGCUUCUGGCUUUACUCCCUUGUUACACACCCCUCUUGCUCGUGCCUUUUAAAAAGUCACACUUUGUUGCUAAUUCACAUUUGUCUUUGUUCCUGUGGCCCCUGUGUCUCUCUCUCUUCAAGAUGUUUGGGUGAAGCCAGGGUAUUUCUCAGCCUGCCCCAUCCUUGUGUAGGUGUCUGGCUGCUGUGAGCCUUCUCUGUUGGCCUUAUUGAGUCUCUAUCUGAUUAUUUCUAACCUCACUUCCACAUUUGAAGUCCUAGCUGGACCGGUCCUUACCCUCCUGCAAGGUUCCCACCACCAACCUCCCAGUGUACUUGAUUUCGCCAGUUUAGCAGGCAUGUUUUCCUCCUCCUCCUCCCCACCCCCCGCCCCGCUCCUUGAUGUGAGCACUGGAGAAGUUGAGACCUCUGCCCCCAACAUGUGUUUGUGGUAACUGAGUGCUUCUUGGGGGCAGUCCUGCUGCUGAAAUGUGGACAGAAUUCACCACCACAGUUAAGUAGGGCAGUAGGGACACCUUCAGAGGACCAGCAGGGGUUGGUUCUCCAGUGAGAAGUGUCAACGUGGGGUUCAGCUUUAUCCUGCGACACUGAGGAGGUCAGGCUCACAAAGUCUGCUUUCGAGGUCAUCACCCCACACUCACAAAGAACUCAGAAUGGGAGAGACACUUUAGAUUACUCCAACACUGGGCUUAUGCUCACCUGCAGUGAUUUACCAAAAGGAAUUAAUAUUUUCAUUUUAAAUAGAAAGUUAGGGAAAUACAAGUGGAGUCCCCUCUUACCUAUCAGUACUGCCAUGUGUUCACUUCCUCUGUGGGAAGCUGGACAGGAACUGUAAGGAUGUUGGUUAGCAUCCCAGCCUAGGAAAAUCAUCUACAGCUCACCAAAAAGACAGAGAUUUUCUCUUGCAUUCUUAUAUACUGGGUUGCAUAUUUCUUCAUAAUGGACCUGUAAGUAACUAAAGCCUUGGGGACUAAUGGUUCUCUAAAAUAUUCAGCUAACCAAAAGAGAAGGCUAAUUUUUUGAAUAAUGUCAGACCAAAAAAAAGAUGAAAAAAGUAAAUCUGAAUGCCUGAAUAAAAUCAUUUCAAGGAUGAAAGUGCAUGUGUGAAUUAAGGGUAAAUAACUCUUUGCCACUUAAUUAAAUGAGUCUCCAGUUCUCAUCAGGAUAAAACUGAAGGACAAUGAAUGCCUUUUGGGUUUUUUAAUCUUUUAAAAUUGCACUUUAUAGCACUUCAUAAGAGACGAUUGUCUUAAUUAAAGCCAUAAAAUACCAAUAAUACAUAUAUUCAGGUCUUCUGAAUAUAGUAAAUCAAUAAGCAGUUCACAAGUCAUUUCUGUUUUGUAUUGUUUGUUGUAAAUUGGAGUUUUAUCUGUUCUAUUUUAAUUAUCUAUAAUUACUGUUCUAGACAAUCCUAAUCUACUAAUAAAUUUCAGAUGUGUACUUUAAUAAAACUGAAAAAUCAAAGAAAUUAUUCAUUUCACAAAAGCAUUCUUCAUUUUAAAAAUAGGUUGUUUUACAUUUCCUUUAGAUAGCAACUGUAGUAUCAGAAUACUACAUUUUGAAAAUAUUUCCUUUUAAAAAUUAUAGGUUAACUGUUUUUCAGGAACUUUUCUCAUGCAAAGCAAAGUUCACCCAUAUGGAGAAUGAAAUGUAUAAUUAGCAAACAUACCUGGGAAAUUUAAGAUGUGUUUGAGUUUUUAUAUAAAUAUAGGAAACGUCUAAGAAGUUCCCUUAUAAAAAUGGCAAAUAGAGAUAUAAACUCAUCAAUAAUUUCUUAUAACUAAAUUAGUAACCUUUCUGAGGAAGACAUAUAAAACAGCAGAUUUCAUAAUGCAUCAGGUGAUUUUCCCCCUUUCCUACUAAAAUACACAAUUUCUGGCCUACUAUGAUGAACUUUUUGCAUACAUACAUACAUAGAUGUCUAUACAAAUAGAAACUUUAAUCUUUUACUUCAUUGUAACUUUUUAUAUAAUUUGAGUGAAAGCUAAUAAUGUAUUUUUAAACAAAAUAAUAUAUAAAAAGCACUUAAUAGCCUAGAAAUGUCUACCACAGCUGGAUACCUAAAUUAUCUACGUAGAAUAAGCACAUGUAUUAAAUUGGACAACCCAUCAAUUUCAUGCUCAGAUAGCCAACUCGUCCUCAAGAAAGGGUAUCAACACAGAGCCAGUGGCAUCCCUCCACUGGGAGCUGUUUCGGAGACUGAGGAGUCUCUACAAAGGGCAAAGACCCUGUCUGGAAGAGGGAGUCCCGUGUUGAGGGACCUGCAGACCCUGUAUGCAGAGUCCGCCACUGUGCCCUGCAUCUGGCUUUGCCCCUUCAUCUGCUUUAGUUUGGGGAAAAAACAAAUGAAACCCACAAGCAACAGCUCCCUUCUUCAAACUGCAGACUCAAAACAUGUUGAAUCAGGGGCUGGGGAUUUAGCUCAGUGGUUCUGCCCCCUACCUUGAAAGUGGAAGGUCCUGAGUUCGAUUUCCAGUACCAAAAAAAAAAAGUGUUGAAUCAAACCUAAGAGUAGCCAACUGGUUUAAUGAAGUUUCUGCUAGCACUAUAGGAAAGACAAAUUAUACUUUUGUUAUUUGCAUAUUUUUAAACAGAAAAAAAGUUAGCAGCAUUGAUUCCAAAAUGGACAUUUGCCCUAUAACAUGUAAACUCUUUUUUGGACAGGUUCUGUU